AUGGAGCCCCUGAAACUACCCUUUGCCAUCGCCUCCGGUCUACGGACAACUGCGGAGGUUUCAGCUGCAGUUACAGUUGCUGCGGUACCUCGGCUGACCAUCUGUAUUUCGGCCAUCAAGUUUUAUCAGUUUGGCCACCUGUACCUGGGCCGAGGAUAUCGCGGUAUUGACGAGGCUGUUUUCAUAAAUAGAACGUAUUUUUUCUCCGGAGAGUGUAGGGACUCCUGGGAGCCCACUAUAGUGCGGAAACUGAUGACUUUCGAUUUGCCCGUUCGUCAAAGUCGACCUUCUUUUGAAAAGCAGCAAGUUUCUCUCACGGGCCAACUAGGAACCAUCUGCCACCAGCUGAAGUCAUUUGACCGUCCCAGCCAGCAGAUGACCGAUUGCGACAAUUACGCCCUCCUGCAGAUGCGAAGUCACCUUCUGCUCUCCUCAACCCUACGUUCACCUUCACACUCCUCAGCCAACGCGCACUACCACAUCCGCCUGCCCGCAAACGCCUUCUUCUAC